CGAUUCUCAAUAGUCGGCAUAUAUCUUCGUGACGCACGUCGACGAUCCGUCGUCUUCGCGAUCCCAACCGGACGAUCUACGUGUCGUUGAUCCGUUUGCGUUACGGCCGACGGCAGGGUGGUGGAUCUCGCGAAAGCUCGAUUAGCGCGGCAAACGUGGCCAUUACGCGGUGUGUCGCGCGGAUGAAGUAUAUUUUUGGAGGACGAGGGUGGAAAGGGCGAAGAUUCCGGGAUUCUACUACUGUUCUCUCACGCCGGCUCUGUUUUGCUACGCGAUUCGUCCUCUGCUUGCGCGACGACGAGGGAACACCGACGUGGACGCCGCAAAUUAAAUUAUUUCCGUCGCCGCGAAACGACCCGAGCAAGAUAACAGCGAUUCACCACCGUCAUCUUUUGUGUUUCGAAAGACUUUUACCUUGCGAAAGAAUCCGAAUUUGGGACAAACCGAGUGACGUUGCGAAUUCUCGUAUUGCUUAAUGAAUUGUUCCAUACAGAGAAGAUCACAAUGGCUACCGCACAAUUGAACAGAGCCAGAACCGUAAAGAAGCUUGAAAAACCACGGCCGCUUAAGCUUAACCAGCGCAACUCGACCGUCGAUGGGCGGAUCACGACUGUAGAGGAUAUAGUGUCCUUAAUCGACAAUGUUGCAAUGCAACUGACCAAUGGCUUCCAUGACCGAACGCUGCAAAUAAAUGUAAUCUCUAUGUGUAGUCAUCUGAAACUCUAUGCCAACCAAUUAGAAGCUAUUUACAAAGAUCAGCUGGACCGGGCCUUUGUGGCGAUCAGAAAUGGGAGCCAGGACGACAGAUUAGAUCUGACGACCAGGGUUCAUCUGCUGGAACUCAUAGAGCUGCGAGCGAAACAAUGGCGUCACACCGAUUCUAUGGACGUGUACUACAUGCAGAAGUUGUCGCAUUUAGACAAUCAGAUCGAUUCGGUACCCGAUACACCUACGAACUCUCUGUCGUCCCCAUUGUUAACUUCACCCACCUCAGCACCGAUUCUGGGACCUGGGGAAGUGAUUAAGAAUAGCGGAAAGUUUGCGAAGCCUACACGCAUACCGGGGAAAAAUUAUUGCAAAGAUGAGGUCGUCAUUCGCAACAGUGAUUCGGGCAAAGUGAUGGGAAUAAAAGGGCGGCGGGUUCACAUGAUAGAAGAGCUCAGCCAGACGAUCAUCUCCUUCCAGCGAGUAAACCCUGGAGCUAAAGAACGACUUGUCCAAAUCACGGGAACAUCCGAGGACAAGAUUCAUUAUGCGAAGGACUUAAUCAAAGAUACGAUACAACGAAAUGCAUCGCCAGUGAGACUGGAGCAGAGCACCGGCGAGAAAGGAGCUAUGGGAGGUUCUAGUUCUUCACUCAACAGUAGCGCGUCGGAUGAAAGCAACCGAUUGCAACAACAGAAUCAACAGCACAACUCUCGUUUACGUUCGUCCCUUCUGCACAGUCUCUCCACCAACGACGCCAGCAUAGGCGAAUACAAAUACACAGUCACCGUCGGCAACCAGUCCCUCAAAAUUACGGGCUGCAAUCUCGAUCUCGUCAGGACGGCAAAACUGGUGCUGGAUGAACAUUUUUUGGGCGAUUCUGAGAACUUUACUAGUGGGAUAGAAUACUUCAAUUACGAGGACGAGCCCAUCUUUACCGUAACUACCCCCACUUCCAACUUUUCCCGCACGCCGUUAUCGCCGUUGGACAAUAUGAACGCUCCUGUUUCUCUAGGUCGAGAGUUAAGUGUGGAAAGCGCCGCAACCUCCUCGGAGAGCGAAGAAACCUACAAGUCUCGUCCGAUUCCUGAGGAACUAGGCUCGACUCAACAAGUUCCAGAAGCGAGAGAACUUACGUACGAGUUUCUGCUGCUGUGCGCGGCGGGCCCAUAUGCAAAGCGGCCCCCCGCCGAUUGGGCGCGUAUACAGAAGGAAUGUCCCAAUAUAGUUCGUAAGGCACCGAUUCGCUGGUUCGAACCGGAGGCGUACAAAGCCAAGCUAGCAGCUGCUGGUCCCGUUGCAAUAUUGCCGAUCGGCGAAGCGGAAAUCGAUCCCGAGUGAAACCGGAAGUCAAUUUGUCGUCUUCCUCCCAUUAUCUUCUCCCACCCUGGUGAUAAGGUUUCAGAGAACACGUGUGUGUAUGUGUGCAUGUGUGUGUGUGUGUGUGUGUGUGUGUAUGCGCGCGCGCGCGCGUGUGUAUGUAUGUGUGCUGUAACGUCUUGUCGAUCGUAAGAAAUUUGAAAAAGGAAGAUUAAGAAGAUAAGAAAAAGAAAAUAUUUUCUUCAAGGGAAAAAGAAGUAAAGCGUACGUCGAAGAAUUUCAUUGACAAUAUCUCGAGGAAGAAAUGUCUUCGUCGAGGAGAUACAUCUAAAAAGAAUUGUUGGAUGUGCGCUUUAUACAAUCGAUACGCUAGUCAUUAGAGUGAAAAAUGUUUUAUUUAUUCAUAAAAAUUAUCGUAUACGCAAUCAUUUUGCAAUCAAUUGUCUUUUCGAUCGAUUACACGUCGUAUAUGCGAACCGCAUCGAUACUGUACGGCACGCACGCGAUUUGUAUAACAUUCUGUCGCGAGACAAUGUCGACAAGCGCAAGAAUGUUACGUUAAUUGUUAAUGGCAAAAAAAAAA